CCCUCCUCUGAUCUCUUCCACGGUUCAGAUCAGAAAUAGGAAAUAGAACUCUCGCGAAGCGAACGCUGUUUAAGAGUAAAAGCACAGCCUGGUGGACCCUGGAUCUUGUAUAAAAACCCUCGCUAUCCCCCCCCCUAGAUGCGUCGUCUCAAUCGCUUCGGUAUACCCAUCAUCCUUUCUCUCAACUGCUUGCCUCCCUUUGCUCCUAAAAAAAUUGCAUCUGCAUCCACUUCAUUUUCCUUUUUUUUCUUCAAGUCGUUUUAAUAUCUACCACACCGCCGACGAUGUCUUUUCGAAAGAUCUUUGCAGUGAUCAUAGUUCUAUUCACCCUUAUGAUCCUCUCUAUCUCAGAGGCGGCUCCCGUCCCUGUCCCUGCCCCUGUCGAGAUCACGCUGGACCAACUGGAGGCGGCCUUUGUAGGCCAAUGUCCAAACGCGACCCAAGGCGAGGUCAUCAGUUGCAGUGAUGCACUCCCGUACAUUAACGAUGCUAUUAAAAAGUACGGUCUGGCGACGAGAGGUCAGCGUGCGGCCUAUAUUGCAACUAUGGCCUAUGAAGGCGCAUAUCUCCGGUACGACCAUAACCUGGUCAUCCAUAGUCAAGGAACUCGCUCGAUCCUUCCGGCUUCAUCCCUGCGCAUCUUUAUCGAUGCUAAUAAACCCAUCCAAAACCUCUGGCAGCCCUCGUUCCCGAAGCAAGUCAACAACGAUACGAUCGUCGAUAUCUUGAUCGAGAACCACGCAGAUUUCGAGCCCGGUGCCUGGUGGACCGUCCAUGGACCCGGAUGCGCCGAGGUGGCGUCCAAUCUCUCAGAAUCACUGAGUUCUUUUGUCGAUUGGGAGACCACCUGUAUCAACGGUGGAAUCGAUACCGUGGACGCACGCGCGGGGAUCUAUAAUAAUGUAUAUGCCUUUAUUGUGUAAUGGACUGUAGCGCAACAACAACAACAACAACAACAAAGAACAGAAGAUAAU